AUGGCCUUAACAGAUUAACUAUUUCUUUGGAUAACUACUUUUAUAUUUCUAUCUUAAAUAGCUAUUAAUUUAGCACUUUAAUUGUAGAUACCCUUUUCUCAGAUUGAACUACCACAAAAAUUACAAAUCUAUCAAAUAAACUGA